GGUACCUAUGCGCCUGUAUCCAAGCGAUAUGAGCUGUAAUUCUUCACAUAAAUUGCGGUAGGUACGUUAGUCAUCAUACGUAUGCUAGGGAUAAAAAGUACUUAAAUCUAUAAGCCAAACCCACGCAGAAUUAAGUAUCUAUUCGUAGGAACAUUAUAUGGCAGAGCACCUGCCGCAAUUUUAUCCUGUUUAAAUGGAAGGUCCGUCGAACUGAUACAUGUGACCAGAAAUCCCCUAAAUCCCACAAACCUUUGAUCGUUCCUUCCUACCACAUCAAAUACGCAAAAUAUCGAAAAAAAGCAAUAAAAGACGCCGUCAACAAUUUAAACCGAAUAACGCUUUUCUUUUAUAUAUUUAGGUAUCUUCUACCAUGUGGGCCUAUCCGGGAGGCGUGUCCCCAGCGGAGGAUGAGAGGAAGAAAUACCAAAAUGAGAUACGUCUCCUCAAGGAGAGACUCGAAGAGGCCCAGUCCGAAAAAGUCGAGGUAAAACGACGUCAUGACCAAGAAAUUAAAAACCUCGGCGACGCUCUCACACCCACCGUAGCGGCUCGUUCUCAACUUGAAAAGGAGAAGGCCGAGGCCGAGAAACAGCUGAAUUCGGCGUUCGAGGAGCUGCGCCUUCGAGACCAGCACGUGAAGCAGCUGGAAGACUCCUUGUCGUCAUUGCGUAUUCGUACCUCUAGCUUGGAAGCAAGUAUCGCAAAUUAUGUAGAUUCUUCCCUAGGGUCGAUACCCAGUACUGAACUCUUCCAACUCUUACGCGACCUGGGCGACAAGACCCCAAUGCCGCAGAGGAAAGAGGGCCCGUUCUCCCUGGGGUGGAUCGUAGAGGCGCCGUGGGACGAUAGCAACCCCGUGGCCUUCGACGAAAUCCGGCCCUCGACGGUCGAGAGGGUAGUGCAGCUGACGUCGGCUCUGUGGGCGAGCGUGGAAGCGCCCAGCUAUCCGCCAGCCGUCUUCGAGCUCUUCCGGCUUAUAACCGUGGAGUUUGCUAAUAGCCCAGCGCCGGCCGUAUACAGGGCAAUUCCCCGUCUGGCUUGCGCGCUCAAGAGAGGUGUGGGUGCCAAAUCCUUGAGCGAGCAGUACUUCGCGAUCAUGGCAUACCACGAGCUUCACAAAGCGGCUCUAUAUCUCUUCGGCGAGCAGGGCCUAGAAGACCACGGGACCCUAGGCUUCGAGAUAAACGCAACCCUCGGCAGCGCGUGCGACAAGCUCAUAAAGGCCUUGGAUAAGAUUGUCUCUUUGGCCGAAGGACAGGAUCCGUAUGAAACCUUCAACAAAUAUCUCAAGUAUGGAACAAUCCUUAUUGGCAAGAUCGGGGUGAUGACCUCGAAGGGUUGUGACUACUGUCUGGUGCUGGACUUCGAGAAGAACAGCUUUAGGCGAGUGAGCAAGAGCUUAGUCAGUGAGGUGGACUACAGCGAGUGGCCGCUUAAAAUGACAAUGUCCAUCGCGUCGCCGUCAAGCCGAUGGCGCGAUGUGAUAUUCGAAAAUGUAGCGGGGUGGGAAGCAAUCUGGUGGGCAGAAUUCUUUGAUAGACCAAGUAGUUAAACGACGAAGGAGCGAACUAAUUGACAUACCUACCUUACCUACCUAACCCCUAAAGUAACCUAACCCAUCAUCAAAUGCAUCAGAGCACCUUUAUAAAAUCUUAUUAGCGAGCGGUUUCCGUAGGUAUUUGCUUAAUGGACCACGGCUAUCUACUCGGUCCCAGGAUGUAAGGCGGCAAGUAUAGGUACCCGUAACGGCCCGGUGCGGCUUGAUAAUGGUUCGCACUAUUAGACAGGAAGCAUUAUUGUACUUUUUCCAAGGUAGAAGUGAGUUAAGGGAAACGCCGCGCUUUUAUCUGUAGCAGCGCGUGGCAGGUGUAGGUCGCUAGGCGCCUACGUUGACUCGGAGAGGGGCAUCCACAACCGAGUUUCCGCCCCAUAGGGAAAAAAAAAAAAAAAAAAAAAAAAAAAAAAGAAAUUGCGCACCUGCGUAGCCUCAACAAAUUAUC